GAAGCGGUGGAUGGUGUAAUGGCUGGAGCUCAGGAGGAGAUGAGUUCAGAUGUUUAGAUGUUUGUGUGAGGAGCAGCUAGAAGGUUUUACUCGUGAUUUUAAUCCUCAUGUAUGUGAGAUUUUUCUCCAGGUUUUUAUCAGUCAUGGCAGGUCCGAGGCCGGUGGUACUCAGUGGUCCCUCAGGUGCUGGUAAGAGCACUCUGCUGAAAAUGCUCCUCAAGGAACACGACGGCGUCUUCGGCUUCAGCGUCUCACAUACGACACGGAAACCACGACCAGGAGAGAAAAACGGAAAAGAUUAUCACUACGUGAGCAGAGAGGUGAUGCAGGCAGGAAUCAAUAACGGAGACUUUAUCGAGAGUGCAGAAUUCUCAGAGAACCUGUACGGAACCAGUAAAGCGGCGGUGCAGGACGUUCAGGCUCGUAAUCUGAUCUGUGUUCUGGACAUCGACAUGCAGGGGGUGAAGAGCAUGAAGAGAACCGACCUGCAGCCCAUCUACAUCUCCAUCCAGCCUCCAUCCAUGGACGUUCUGGAGAGUCGAUUGCGAGAGAGGAAAACCGAGUCUGAGGAGAGUUUACAGAAACGUCUGCAGGCUGCCUUCAAGGACAUGGAGAUCAGUAAGGAACCGGGUCUGUUUGACGUGGUUAUCGUUAAUGAUCACCUGGAUGAAGCUUACGGGAGGUUGAAAGGUGCUCUACUGGAGGAAAUCCAGAAGGUGAAAAACGCAGCUAAAGCGUGAAGGUCCUGGUGUGGAGGAGCAACGUUCAGAGAAGAUCCCACAUUCCUCACUUCCUUUCCACACUCAAACACUCCUGUUCCUCACCAUAUUAUCACAUGACUUUAUCAUUAGCAUCAUGUAGAAACACUUCCCAGCAUGCAUCAGCGGUCGCUCUUUAGCGUUCAGUACGUGAUCAUAACUUUCGGGCUGAAUGAUGCUCCGUCCCAAACGCUCGCAUCCAUCCGCUUAUAGGUCAUGAAGUCACCCCGAUUAAAACGAGCUAGUAGCGCGCUAGCUCACACGCUGAUUUACAGUUAUCAAGAAUAGCUUAUUAGCUAGGUUAGCACACGGCUAAACAGAUUUGAGCUGCAGCAGCAAUACGAUACAGAUAACAUAGCUAAUUGUUUAUUUACAUUCAUUAGCUGAUUCAUUCCUUACAUUCGAUCUACAAUCGCCAGCUGUGCAUUAUGGGUAAUACACAUGCUACCUCGGCUAAUUAGCUAGCAUAGAAAAUACAACUUGUACCCUAUUGGAACCUUCAUCAGAACGUUGGUGGAGCAGCGUUUCAAGGCACUUGAACAUAAAAUCAGGAAGAAAACGACCAGUGGUAGCUUAGUGCUCAAGAUACUGAAAUCAGAAGGUUGCUGGUUUAAACCCACUGUUGGGCCCCUGAGUGAGGUUCUUAGCCCCUGGUUGCUUGGAUUGUGCUCAGUCACGACUGUCUGCUGAACAUCUCGAAUGUAAACGACAAGAAAAUACAACAAAGUUUAACAGGCAGAUAAAAAAAUUUAACUUGUACAUGAGCGCCCCCUUGUGAAGGCUUUACGUUACACCUUGUGAACCACAGUGGGACCAGAUGGCCACCAGUUUUAUUCAUUAAUUUUAUUUUGUUUUGUGUUUUGUUCUGAUUAAUGUGAUGUGCUGCCUGGGUCGCGUUUUCUACACUGUUCCAUUGACAGUUGGUUUGACCCUUCAUGAGAAGAUUAGAACCUUCUCACAGCUGUGAGAGAUUCAGAUCUUUCUUCAGACGAGCAGUGGGGUUCAAAACAGAACCCUUCAGAACUGUCCAAUAUUUUCUACCCAUUAGUUCUUGGAAUGAUAUUUGUUGUUCUUCUGCUGGAGGACCCAUGACCCAUGUUUAAAACACGGCUUUCCUACACAGGGCUGUACAUAUUUAACACCCACAGUGCUAGAGCCAACCAAGCAACCCCAAAACAGUAGCGAGCCUCCUCUAUGCUUCUCAGUACACACUGUGAUUCUUUCUAUUUAAGCCUAAAGUCGCUCCAAAUCACCUAAAAAGUGUUUUUUUAUUGUGCCAGAGCCAACCAAUCAACCCCAAAACAUCAGUGAGCCUCCUCCAUGCUUCCCAGCGCACACUAUCUUGCAUUUUUAAAGCCAGAUGUCUCUACAAACCAUCUAAAUAUUCUUUUGUUUCCAUCGUGAUUUGUACAUAUUUAACACCCACAGUGUCGGAGCCAACUAAUCAACCCCAAAACAUCAGCGAGCCUCCUCCAUGCUUCCCAGUACUCACGGUUUCCUUUUAAAAGGCUUGUGUCUCUCCAAAUCACCUAGAUAGUCUUUUGUUUCCAUCGUGCCAGAGCCAACCAAGCAACCCCAAAACAUCAGCGAGCCUCCACUAUGCAUUACAGUGUGCACUAGUGUCUCUUCAGUACUAGUGUCUAGACUAGAGUCACUUCAAAACACCCAAACAGUCUUUUGUUACCAUCAUGGUUUGUACAUAUUUAACUCCCACAGUGUCCGAGCCAACCAAGCAACCCCAAAACAUCAGUGAGCCUCCUCCCUGCUUCUCCAUACAUGCUGUGUUCCGUUUUAAAGGCAAAUCACCUAAUUGGUCUUUUGUUUCUAUAAUGAUGUGUACAUAUUGAACACCCACAGUGCUAGAGCCAACCAAGCAACCCCAAAACAGUAGUGAGCCUCCUCACACUUUGUUCCUUUUAAUUAAAGGUUCGUGUCUCUCCAAAUCAUCUAAAUAUACUUUUGUUUCCAUCAUGCUUUGUACAUAUUUAAUAUCCACAGUGUCUGAGUUAACUAAUCAACCCCAAAACAGUAGCGGAUGUGGUGUGGACGCACCACAGAGACGCUGUAUUAGCGUUUAAAUCAGAAAGUUCUAGUAGGAACUCCAGCGUUUGGAACACUAGCGUUUGGGACGGAGUCUCAGUCCAUAAUGUUUGAAUAUUAGGAGUUUUAUUAAAAUACAUACAUCCUACAUACACAGACAUGUGCAAAAGUUUGUGCACCCCGGUCCAGUUCCAUGUUUAGUUUGUUCGAUGAGAUUUUCUGCAGGGAACAAUUUUCACAUUUUAAUGCACAAUUAAUGUUUAUAAUUUUAUAUAUUAAAUAGAAUUAUGGAAUAGAAAUGUGUAGAACCAAGUACAUGUUUGGGUUUUUUUCUGUAAAGUUUAGCAGUAAUUCUAAAUACAGAACUGAACCAGGGUGACAGACGUCUAAUAUUCCACGUUUAAUCUAGUCUAUAAUAUUUGUGAUCGCUGCAGGAUUCUGGUGUUUGAUGUGAGCGACUCCGCCCGCUGAUUAGCUUCACCACAUAAGCACAACAUGUAGAUUUAAAGCUGCAGUGUGUAACGUCUGUGACCUCGUCUCAUCAUUUAACCCGUUAGUGGACACACACAGUGAAGGAGCUUCAGUUAUUGUGGCAUUAAUUUAUCAUUAAAUGUUCUUAUUUAAUAACUCAUUAAUUUAGUUCCACACUGCAGCUUUAAUGAAGGAACCUGGAUUUAUGUUGUUGUACUUGAUGUGAUGUCCACACUUCCUAAUGAGACCAGCUUUUCUAUUGUUGUGAGGUUUAUAAUGCAUUAUAACAUUAUUUCUGUUAUUUCUUUAUAUAAUUUAAUCAUGAUUAAUGUUAGUGCAGUCAGAGUGGAGUUCUAUUCCUCAUUUAUUAUUAUCGUGUGUGUGUGUGUGUGUGUGGCUUUAUAAUUCUGUACGCUGUACUGUAAGGGGUGUGAAUACUUUAGGAACUUUAAUUAUGUAACUGGUUUUAGUUUCUUAUUUUAAUAAACACACUUUUAUAUUUUACUCUUAAACUAUUUACAGUCUUACACUCAUUAUAACCACGUUAUAACUUAUUUAUUUAGCUUUACUCGUGAUGUCAUAAUGUAUUGGGCCAGUCCAAUAAUGACAUCAUGAUGCAUGCUGGCCAAUUCAAUUAUGAUGUCAUGGUGUGUGCUGGCCAGUCCUAUAAUGACGUCAUAGUGUGUGCUGGCCAAUCAGAAGACAAUGUCGUACUGGUGCUGGCCAACCCGAUUUUGAUGUCAUAAUAUAUUCUGGCCAAUCCGAUUAUGACAUCAUAGUGUGUGCUGGCCAAUCCGGUUAUGACGUCAUAGUGUGUGCUGGCCAAUCCGGUUAUGACGUCAUAGUGUGUGCCGGCCAAUCCGGUUAUGACGUCAUAGUGUGUGCUGGCCAAUCCGGUUAUGACGUCAUAGUGUGUGCUGGCCAAUCCGGUUAUGACGUCAUAGUGUGUGCUGGCCAAUCCAGUUAUGACGUCAAAAUGUGUGCUGGCCAGUUCAAUGAUGAUGUCAUAACGUGUGCUGGCCAAUCCGAUUAUGACAUCAUUGUGUGUGCUGGCCAAUCCCAUUAUGACAUCAUUAUGUGUCCUGGCCAAUCAGAUAAUGACGUCAUUAUGCGUGCUGGCCAAACCGAUAAUGGCGUCAUCAUGCGUGCUGGCCAAUCAGAUAAUGAUGUCAUGAUGCGAGCUAGACAAUCCGAUUAUGACGUCAUAACGUGUGCUGGUCUAUCCGGUUAUGAUGUCAUUAUGUGUGCUGGCCAAACCAAUUAUGAUGUCAUAAUGUACACUGACUAACCCGAUUAUGAUGUCAUAAUGUGUGCUGGCCAGUCAGAGGACGAUGUUGUACUGGUGCUGGCCAGUCCGAUGAUGACGUCAUAAUCUGUGCUGGCCAAUUUGAUGAGGACGUCGUAAUGUGUGCUGGCCAGUCCGAUUAUGAUGUCAUAACAAGUGCUGGCCAAUCCAAUGAUGAUGUCAUAAUGUGUGCUGUGGCCAGUCCGAUGAUGAUGUCAUAAUGUGUGCUGGCCAAUUUGAUUAUGAUGUCAUGAUGUACACUGACUAACCCGAUUAUGAUGUCAUAAUGUGUGCUGGCCAGUCAGAGGACGAUGUUGUACUGGUGCUGGCCAGUCCGAUGAUGAUGUCAUAAUCUGUGCUGGCCAAUUUGAUGAGGACGUCGUAAUGUGUGCUGGCCAGUCCGAUUAUGAUGUCAUAACAAGUGCUGGCCAAUCCAAUGAUGAUGUCAUAAUGUGUGCUGUGGCCAGUCCGAUGAUGAUGUCAUAAUGUGUGCUGGCCAAUUUCAUUAUGAUGUCAUGAUGUAUGAUAGAAAAUCCGAUUUAACGCCAUAAUGUGUGCUGGCCAGUCAGAUGAUGAUGUCAUGAAGCGUGCCUCUCAAUCCGGUUAUGCCGUCAUAACGUGUGCUGGGCAAUCUGAUUUUGACAUCAUAAUGUGUGCUGGGCAAUCUGAUAAUGAUGUCAGCACCAUAAAUUAAUUCAUCACUAUUAUAUUUGUUCUGUUCUUUAUUAUUAUUUGUAAUCUGAUUUAUAAAUAAAUAAAAUGAAACCAG